AUGAUCGCUGGGACCAACUUGCGCGGCAUGUUCGAGCAGCGCUUGAAGGAGGCCAUCAAGCAGGCCGAGGAUGAAGGGGGCAAAUUGAUCCUCUUCAUAGACGAGAUGCAUAUGCUCAUUGGCGCAGGCUAUCAAAGCGGCACCACGGACGCCGCCAACAUCAUCAAGCCUGCGUUGGCCCGUGGUCGCCUCCGCUGCAUUGGUGCUACCACCUAUCAAGAGUAUUACAGGUACGUUGAGCGGGAUGCGGCGCUCGAGCGGCGGUUCCAAAAGGUUGAGGUCGGGGAGCCGAGCAUGCGAACGACAGUUGCCAUCCUGCGGGGGCUGAAGCACAAGUACCAAGAGCACCAUGGCUUGAAAAUUGACGAGGAGGCACUUGUUGCUGCUGUAGAGCUCGCUGCCCGUUAUAUUACUGGUCGUAAAUUUCCUGAUAAAGCAAUUGAUCUCAUGGACCAGGCAUGCACUACCGUAAAGUUGCACGCCAGCAAACAAAGAGAAAUAAAUGCACCGGGCGAGCUAGUUGUGAGCCGAUGGACUAGAAUUCCUGUCACCACACUUGAUCAAGGCGAGGAAAAGCUGGCCCAUUUAAUAGAUAGAUUGCAUGAGCGGGUUGUUGGCCAGAAUGAAGCAGUUAAUUUGGUUGCGCAAGCACUGUUAAGUUCUGGGGUAGGUCUUGAUAAAUUUGAUCAACCGAUAUGUUCUUUCCUCUUUUUGGGCUCGACCGGCGUUGGAAAGACAGAGCUUGCCAAAGCACUUGCCGAGAAGCUAUUUAACAACGAGAAGAUGUUAGUUCGCUUUGACAUGUCCGAGUAUGCUGAUAGUGGAUCGUUGUCGCAUCUCAUUGGAGGAUCUCGAAGCUAUGAAGGAGAGGGACAACUCUCAGAGAAAGUCAGACGCCAACCAUAUAGUGUUAUCCUUUUUGAUGAGGUGGAUAAGGCAAAUUCCUCGAUUAUCAAUGUUUUUACUCAACUCCUCGAUGAUGGUAUGUUGAUUGAUGGAAAAGGACGGAAUGUAGAUUUCAAGAAUACAAUCAUCAUUAUGACUUCAAAUCUAGGAUCAGAGCACCUGUCAAAUGGACUGACCGGAGAAAGCACAAUGGAAAAUGCACGUGAUCUUCUCAUGAAAGAGGUUGAGAAAUGCUUCAAGCCUAGUCUUAUCAACAGACUGAGUGAAAUUGCAAUAUUUGAACCGCUUUCACGCAACGAACUUAGGGAGAUUGCAAAUAUCCAAAUUAAGAGAAUCGUUGCGAUGAUGGCUAAUAAGGGAUUUUCUUUAUGUGUGACUGAUGCCGCCUUGGAAGUAAUUUUACCGGAAUCACAUGACACAGGGUACGGCGCAAGGCCUUUAAAGAGGUGGAUGCGGAAGCAUGUGACAGCAAUUCUUUCAAAUAUGUUGGUCAAUGGGGAAGUGUGUAAGGGCUCAACGAUCUCCAUUGAUGCUAGGGAUGAUAGGAGGGGGUUGAAGUAUCAAGUCCUGAAUGAGCAGGAGAUGGGAGAUCCGUGA